AUGUUUCGCACCGGUAUCCGCCGCUUCUCUUCCACCGCCCUUCGGGGAAGCGAGAGCUUGGUGGCUCAAGCCGAAGCUAAGAAUCAGUAUGGAAUCGGAGUCUCCAGGGCGCAAGGCGUCGUGAAGGGCCUGACCGGAGCAAUUGGAAACACCCCUCUCAUCCGUCUCAAUCGGCUCUCCGAAGAGACCGGCUGCAAUAUCCUUGGAAAGGCUGAAUUCCAAAACCCUGGCGGCAGCGUCAAGGACCGUGCUGCAUUAUUUGUCGUCAAGGAUGCCGAGGAACGGGGUUUGUUGCGCCCGGGCGGCACUGUCGUCGAAGGAACAGCUGGAAAUACUGGAAUUGGCCUCGCCCACGUUUGCCGCUCCAAAGGAUACAAGUUAGUCAUUUACAUGCCAAAUACCCAAUCGCAAGGCAAGAUCGAUCUCCUCAGACUGCUUGGCGCUGAGGUAUAUCCGGUUCCCGCUGUCGCAUUUGAGAACCCAGAAAAUUACAACCACCAAGCGAGAAGACAUGCCGAAUCGCUCGACAAUGCCGUCUGGACAAAUCAGUUCGAUAACACGGCCAACCGCCGAGCACACAUUGAAACCACAGGCCCCGAGAUCUGGGCACAAACGAAAGGCAAAGUUGACGCUUUCACGUGCGCCACCGGAACUGGCGGUACGCUCGCCGGUGUCACAAGAUAUCUCAAGGAAGUCAGCAACGGCCGGGUAAAAUGUUUCCUUGCCGACCCUCCGGGCUCUGUUCUCUACAAAUAUGUGUCCAGCGGUGGAAAACUCAUCGAGAGAGGAGGAAGCAGCAUCACUGAAGGCAUUGGCCAGGGCCGGGUGACAGAUAACCUCAAACCAGAUAUUGAGCUUAUGGAUGGGGCCUUACAAAUCGCCGACGAAAAAAGUAUCGAAAUGGUGUACCGUUGCCUUGAUGAAGAGGGACUUUACAUCGGUGCCAGCUCUGCCCUGAACGUUGUUGCGGCGAAAGAAGUUGCCGAGAAACUGGGCAAGGGCCAUACGAUCGUCACGAUGAUUUGCGAUGGUGCUUAUAGAUACGCCGAUCGAUUGUUUUCUGAUAAAUGGUUGAGAACCAAGAAUCUCAGAGAUGCGAUACCCAAACACCUAGAGAAAUAUAUUGUGUUGCCAUGAUUUACGACAUAUGCUCUGCCUUCUUUUGGUCGAUGGUCAACUCGAGCCAGCUCGAGCAUUCUCUACGUAUUUGUUCCUUUCGCGUCUGAUAAAGCGCUGGUGCUAGAUUUUGGCAGCCACUGGAAAUGAUUCAUGAGUAGGCUUCAUGAUCGUGCCGCUUUAUGUUAUAGUGUCAUUAGUGAAUGAAUGUACAUAGAUACAUAAAUAGCUUUAUAUACAUGGCAUCGUGACAUGAUUGUUGCGAAGAAUUCGGACAAUCUUUUCUAUG